CCCUCACCUGCAAUGACGUCACAGCACAAGCAAGCUUAAAAAAACUAGAUCUAGCUCUAGACGUCUUUUGCCUUGGAAAGACAGAGUGGUAGCCUGUUUGCGACUUUAUAAUCACAUACAAAGAGUUAGAAUUUGGAAUGGAGAUCUUGACCAGUUGACCAUGAUGAGGACAAGUAUCAUGUGACCUCAUCCAUCUGGAAUGUGGAACUUUGAUCCCGGUGGGAUGGAGGCGACCUCCAAUGACCUGCCCCUGAUGUCAAACAUCCAUGACAUCAGGGUCAAGCAUUACCUUCUAGAUCUCAAGGUGAACCUGGAGGACAGAGUCUUCACGGGGAGGACAACUCUCUUUUUAGAGCAGCCAUCUUCCUCUAAAACCCGCAAGACCGGUCUGCUACCACAAGCAAGUGACCCUGCUCAUUCCUCUCCAUCUUCUAAGGGUGUUGGCGGUGACAAGGUAACUAAUGAGGGAAACGUAUCUGUUGCAAAGGAUGUUAGGACUGCCAGGGUUCAUGUUGGUCAAGAACAUCUGGAAAGCAGCAGUUUCUGGAGGACCAAAGCAUCUUCUGGAGCUAAACCUGGGGAAAUUGGUCUACCUACAGAAGCAUAUGACUCGUAUGAUUCCAGUAUGCCAUCUCGUGGUGCUGGUGACAAGGUAAAAGUUGCAAAUGAGGUGUCUAACAACAAAGAUGUUUUUGAGACGGCAAGCAUCUACGUGUAUGUCAACCAAGAGCCAAUGGAAAGCACCGAAUCCCCGAGGGCCAAAGCAACUUCAGAAGCUAAACCGUUUGAGACAAGGCCAAAGUCAGAGGAAGUUCUUAGUUCUUUCAACAAAAUAAAUGAAGAACUUGCAUCCCCUUGUCAAAAGAUAGAGGAUGACAAACCACAAAUGAGCAAGGUUGCUUCUGAACAAAGUUCAUCACACUUGUCUAGUCUUGAAUUUCUUGAUGAUAAAAUACCACAGGAUAAAGACUUUGUCAUGAUACUAGACUGCUGUGAUAUUGAUAUCCUGGCGGUGGAAGAAAUAAUUCUAAAUAAAGGCAAAUUAGGAGUGGACACCACCUCUUCAGGAGAAUUAUUGGUUGAAAAUCCAGACUCGCCUCUGGAAAACGUAGGAGCAUCUUCCCCAUAUACUAACAAGAAAGCAGAGAAGGACUCAACAGGACAAGAUGGAACUGCUGGGAAAUCCCUUCAAGAAAAUUUGAGUUUUAAGCCAAAUGAAUAUAGUACUAGGAGAGAAAGAUUUCUCUCUUGUCAGUCGAUGGAGAGGAAUCCUCUUGAGUUUGAGGUGGAGCCCUGGUGCCUGAAGAUUUGGAAGAGAGGGGUGAAGAAUCCAGCUGACUUUCCUGCUGCUGUGUGUAUCCGGUAUAGAACAAGGCCUUGCGGGAGGUCACUGACUUGGGCAGUUGAUCAAGACGGUAGGCCAUGUGUAUUUACGCAAGGAGCAUGGAUCAACAACCGGUCUCUCUUCCCGUGCCAGGAGCCUCCGGGCGCCAUGGCAACCUGGCAAGCCAUCAUCCAUGCCCCCGAGGAGAUUAUGGUUGUCAUGAGUGGGGAUGAGGAAGGCAGGGUGCUACAAAAGAAAGAUGGUAGAGGAAUGGUGUCCACUCUCCACUUCACCGAUAUGCUGCAACCCAGCUCCAUUGUUACCCUUGCGAUUGGAGGAUGGAGAUGUUACAAUGUACCAGUCUCUCAGCAGCCUGGAGAUCAGUGGCAACCAGAUAAGAAGCAUUUGUUUUCAUUGACAGAAUGCAAGGUUGGGAUUGACAGGGCAAGUUCUCAGUCGCAUUGCAAUCAUGACGAGUGGCCCUGUCGGAUGGGAUGCUACGACCAACCCAUCAUCCCGUCCCGGAUCAUAGCCCCACCCUCCAUCCUGGAUGCAGCGGUGAAGGAGUUCUCCUCAUAUCUACCAAAGUGCCUGUAUGCUGUUUUCAGACUUCUAGGGCCACACCCGUUCUCACGGCUGGAUGUGCUUAUCUUGCCUCGCUGCUUUGCGAGUCUUGGACUGGCGAGCCCUAGCCUGAUCUUUCUCUCCCAGUCCCUCCUCUCUGGCGAUGGAAGCUUCUUGCCCCGCCUAGCCCAUGAGAUCAGCCACUCCUGGUUCGGCAUCUUGAUCGGAGCGCGGGAUUGGACGGAGGAAUGGCUGAGUGAGGGGUUCGCCACUUUCAUGGAGGAUCCUGUUCAUGCUGUGGCUCAGAAUUGGACGUCCAAACAGUACCAGGACCACUCCAAGCUCAAGGCCCUACUCAGGUACCAAGCCUUGAAGGCAGAGCUGGAGAACACCGAGUCCGAGCUCCAAAUCAUGAGACCCAUGGCUGAAGGACCAGGAACUGGUACAGACGUUGAUGAUGGUGGUGGUGGUGGUGGUGGUGAUGUUGGUUUUGUGAAGAAUGGUCUCAACCCAGAUAAGUGGUUUCUGCAGGUGCACUAUUUGAAGGGUUAUUUUCUCCUCCAUCACAUCGCCGGGCGUCUGUCCAUGGAGAAAACCCUUCAGUUCAUCAACCUCUAUGUGACGCGUUGCCAUGGGCAACUGGUCCUGUCAAAGGACAUCUUCCAACUCCUGUUUGAUGAGUACCCUGAGAUAAAAGAUCAAGGCAUUACCAUGGAAACUAUCUAUUCUGACUGGUUGAAUAAAGCAGGAAUGCCUGGAGACUUGAGCCCAGAUAUCUACAAGCAAGGGAAUGCUCUUAUUUCCGAUGUGAUGGCAGAGGUCAAGAGAUGGAAGGCACUUGACAAAUUUCAUCAGAAGUCCAAUAAGAAGAAGAAGAAGAAGAAGCGAAAGAUAAUGUCUUCCGAGUUUCAGGAUCACCCUGCUUUAAAGCUUACUCCAGAUCAGCUCAUCCUCCUCCUGGAGGGCGUCUUGGAUGCGGACACCAUGGCAACGCAAACCCUGGAAGAUCUUGAUACAACCUACCGCCUCAGACAGCAGAAUGCCGAGGUGCGACAUCGCUGGUGUGAGCUCGUCAUCAAACACAAGCUCACCAAGGCCAACCCGGAUGUGCGUCACUUCUUGAUGGAAGAUCAGGCCAUGGGUGUGUAUCUCUACGGAGAACUGAUGGCCUCGGAGGAUGCAGUCCAGCAGGAGCUAGCCAGAGACUGCUUCAAAUUGGUUGCCAUGGAGAUCGACAGAGGAUGUUACAGAACUGUGCAUGAGAUGGUGUAUGGAGAGCCAGCCGAGAGAGAUGAUAACUGAUCAUCUCUGUUGUUUUCCAAGGAGGAUCUAAAGACCUAGAGCAGGGCUUCUCAAAGUCUGGACCGCGGGCCCUGAGGGGUUCCCCUUUCUUUUUAUUUUUAUUUUGAAUUGAAACAAUUCCUCUGAUACAUCAGAUAUAGACCUAAAACAAGCCUCAUUUUCUUCAGUAUUUCAAGUGUCGAAUUGUGUCAAUAUGAAAUGGCUGUGUAUGAAACAAAAUUAAACAAUCAUGAUAACGUUCGAGAUGUAUCCGGCUUCCCAGCAAGUAAUAGUACAAUGUUCUGCUUCAUUCAACGUAUAUACAAAUGACCAUCAAGGAAGAAGUCUGAGAAUCACUGACCUAGAGGAUGCUUCAGGGCCCUGUUACACAAAAGUUACCAUUGAUGGUAACUUGUUACAUCAAUGGUAACUACCAUGGAAACCUUGAUUUUGAUUGGCUGUUGAGCCCUGUUGAUGGCAAAGUUACCAUCAAUGGUAUGGUUAAUGCAAUGGGCACAGAAUGGUACCCGAGAUGGUCUUUGGAGAGCCUGCCGAGAGAAAUGAUAACCGGUCUGCUUCAACUUGCCCCCAAGUAAAGAGCUGAGUGGGAUAAAAUAUGGAGAGCCUCCUGAGAGAAGAUGGCCGAUUCAUUCAAAGCAAAUGCAUUCAAAUUUGGAUAUCUGCACCGUUCUUGUCUAUGUGAUCAUGACCAUAUGUGUUCAGUUUACUACAGAAUAUAUGUUAUUGUGGAGGUGCCUAAAUGAAUAAAGAUCUAAUUUUUACUGGA